AUGUCCGAGUUCCCCAAUGCCUAUGGACCCUCCAUGGCCAAGAUGCUCAUUGCGUCUGUUGAGAUGAGGUGCUCAUCAGAGAUGUUGACUAUUGUGUCCAUGCUUUCGGUGCCAAGUAUCUUCUACAGACCAAAGGAAAGGAUGGAAGAGGCCGAUGCGGCACGUGAAAAAUUUAACGUACCAGAGAGCGACCAUUUUGUUGAAUGUUUUCAACCGGUGGAAGAGCCACGGCGGACGCUCAUCAUGACUCGUGACUUCCGUGAUGACUGGGCUACACGUCAAUUUCUGCAUCCAAAAUUGCUCCGCAAGGCUCGUGAAGUCAGGGCUCAGUUGGAGGACAUCAUGAAGUUCCAAAAAAUGGAUAUUAUUUCUGCAGGCACAGACUUCGACGUCUUCCACCAAUGUGCACGUGUGAAGGGUAUUGGCAAGUAUGUCAAUAUUCGUACUGGCUUGCCGACACAUCUGCAUCCCACGAGUGCACUGUGCGGUCUUGGUUAUACCCCUACAUACGUUCUUUACCACGACUUGAUCUUGACGUCCAAGGAGUACAUGACACAGGUCACCGCGAUUGAUUCCAUGUGGCUAGGUAUGGCAAUUCGUCUUACACAUUCAUCCUGGCGUAAACUAGUGAUGGUUGUAGCGGAGUUCGGUUCGGUGUUCUGCUCGGUCAAAUUCAAGGACUUUGAUGAUCGUGGAAUGAGGCGACAAGCUGAUCGAGCAUUCUCAAGAAAAGCUGAACUGGAAUCCUAA